GAGGCUGGGGUACACAGUGCGUGGGAAGCCAGUCCAUCACAGGACGCGUACAAUCAACAGUCAUUUAUAUUUUACCAUUUAGAGACUCACCAAACCACAUUACCGAAAGUAAAAAGAAGCGUAAUUCCAACGUUGGUGUUUUUAUUUUAAUUGUUCGUGCCCGGUGUUAGUAUAUUGCUAUAGUUUCUGAAUUGCUGCUAUAAUGAUUUUCAGAUGAAAAUAUGUGGAAUUAUAUUAUUGAAAAAUUCUAUUUUACUAGGUUGUUGCGAUAUUGUUUAAGAAACUUGAAUUACAAAACUGGACAAAAGAGUUCGAGAAUAGUUUACAUAAAUGGUUGACUUAUUAUUGGUAUUGAUACAGGAAGCAUGUUUGUCUGACGCCUCGCCCGAAGCGUUUCGCUAUGUUUGUCUCUUAUCGGACGCCAUACUUAGGAAGUUGCACCAGUCGACCUGAAAAUUAGACGGUUAAUGCCAAACUGUAAACUGGAUUAGAAAUGUCUCUAAAUUCGUAACUAAACUGUAGCUAGAGGCAUUAACCGACUCUGCUGAACCCGACCGUGGGACUGUUGUGCGUUAUCGGCGCUCAUAUCAACGCAGACAGGAUUUCAGGUGGAAGUGCCCACGCUUUCGCUCCUUAUGGAUUCGUGGGUUCGGUUCAGUGCGCAGAGCCAAGCCAAAGAUCGGCUUUUCAGGGCGGCACAGUAUGCCUGCACGUUGCUCGGUUACACCCUCCUCAAGGGAGGGGCCAACAGGGAUCUGCUGUCCAAGGUGAAGCUGCUGGAGAGCCACCUGAGCCUGGCGAGGAAGCUGCUGCGGCUGGGGAACUCGGCCGAUGCCCUGGAGGCAGCGAAGCGCGCGGUCCACCUCUCCGACAGCGUGCUGCGCUUCUGCAUCACCGUGGCCCACCUGAACCGCGCCAUGUACUUCGCCUGCGACAACGUGCUGUGGGCCGGCCGGACGGGGCUGCUGAGCGGGCUGGACCAGGACAAGUGGGGCCAGAGGUCUUUCAGGUAUUACCUCUUCGCCCUGAUCCUCAGUCUGACCCGGGACGCCUAUGAGAUCAGCCUGCUGAUGGAGCGGGAAUCCCGUGGCACGGGGGCGUCCUGGAAGACCCCCUCCAGAGGCCUGUGUUCCCCGGCACAGGAGAACGGGGAGGCUCUGGUGGGCGCUGCCUCAGAGCCCCCCUGCCUGCUGGCCCCCCUCCCCACGCACCUGCGCAGACGGCUCCUCCUGCUGGCCGCCGUGCUGCGCGGGAACCCGCCCCUCGCGCUGGACCUGCUUAAGAACCUUCUCGACAUUUUCAUCCCCCUGGAUCGUCUGGGCCUGUACCGGACGGGUCCCGGCUUCGUGGGUGCCUGCGGCCUGGCCUCCUCCGUUCUGUCCAUACUCACCAUGGUCUACCCCUGGCUCAAGCUGAAGCCGUAACUCUCUGCCCUCGGCUGCUACUGUUUUUUUUUUUUUUUAUUAAUCAGAGGUUGGACUUUCUCAGGUGAAAUGGUUUUAAGACGAGUCGCAGCAUGCAGUCGGCGGAGAGACGGUGCUGUGCGGUUCGUCUUCAUAAAAUGUGACGCAACAUCCUGUUUGUUUGUUUUUUUUGGUUGCUGUUUUGAUGAUGUCGUGCUAACGGUCAUGUGGGCCAGAGGUCACAUGAUGUGUCUGAUAACUGUCACACUAGGACCCUGAAUUGACCAGGAAAUGAUACUUUGCUGACUGUUGUCACACAAGACAUGAGGCCCAUAUAAAAUGAUCUGAAUUUAAUGGAUGAAGGCCGGCGUGGACUGAUGUGUGGUCUUGAUACAGGAUGUGUCUGUCUGUAGUUCCUUUGUUACCCCAUUAAACACCAUUCAGUGUGUUUUUUUUUUUUGGGGGGGGGGGUGUGGGAUGAGAAUUUCAGAGGAACCGGAAUUCAUCGCCUGGAUGAUCAGAAAGAUAAGAAACCCAGUAAUCAUCAUAAGUAAUGGCAUAUCCUACGCUGUUAAUACUAGUUGCUGUUUAAUCUUUAACAGUAUUAGUAUAGUCAGGCCUUAUUCUACGGUAUUUUGUGUGAAAAAUGUUUUGGCAAUUUAAUGUUUGAAACUUAUAUGCAAUUAUAAAACUGAUCCAUUACAGAUAGUAAUUCGGUUAGAUUAAAUUUCCUUCCCCCGUACCAACAACAACAAAAUAAAUUUUACACCCAGUGUGUAUUGUAAAUAUUUGCAACCAAGUAACCAGGCUAACAGCCUCAAAAUAAAUAUUUUUUUUUAAUAUAUUUUGUUAAAAAUUGUAUUUGCCUUGCAAUGUCCGUUUGAAUUAAUGCUCGUUUAAAUGCUUUUAUACACCCUCUGUUAAUAAAGGGAUGGAUAAUUUUCUGACUUCA